AUGACUGAAGUUGCGCCACCAGCAGAGCCUCGCGUGGGAGUAGUAGGAGUCAACGGCCAUGAAGGUCGAAACGGUACAAGUAUCAGCGCAGGAACUCAAAAAUCCGAAUGGAAAACGACCGAGUCUGUGCCGCUGACGAGGGAGUCAUUCCUGGACCUGCUUUACGGGCGCACACCUCUCGUUUGCUCGCCACAUUUCAUCUCUGAUGAGACCAGCAAGCGGCUGCUGGAACACCUCACCCCGAAAUUCGAUCCCGAGAAAGUUGGUAUCGCGCAAUUUGAGUUCCAGGCGCAGUCCGAAGAAGACUUCAAGAACCGGAAAGGAGAUGAAAAACAACGAUACUUUGAUGAAGUCCGACGGACCAAGUCCCUUCACCCGGACGUCAGCAAAGUCGUCGGCGAGAAUGCGUGGGCAAAAGUGAUCGCUACCAUAGCAGAGCUCGUGCCAGAGUGGGACGUCGGUGAAGCCAGCGAGGGCCCCGGCAACGAGUACUUCUCUGGCAUUUUUCGGAAGCUGAACAAGGGGACGCCAAUCCACUGCGACUGGGCGCCGUACGACGCGGCCACGGAAGACUGGGUGCUCAACAAGAUCACGCACCAAGCGGCCGUCAACCUGUAUCUAUCGCCCUUCAAGGGCGGCGGGACGACCGUCUUCGACGUCCAGUGGUCCGAGGAUGCCUUGAACUACCGUGACCCAGCGCAUUACGGCUAUCACGAGGCGCUAGUAAAGGGCAGGAAGAAGGCCCCUUUCCAGCCACGGGUGGGCGGUCUGUAUAUGUUCAAUGCGAGGAAUAUGCAUCAGGUUGCCGCGCUGGCUGAGGACUACAAGGUGCAGCGGAUAACACUGGCAAGCUUCAUCGGGCUGCUACCGUCGGAGGUCACGGGAGGGAAACCCAAGUUGAUAUUCUGGUCAUAG